AUGAGUUCAAGUUCAGAGCAAGGAUCAAGAUCCAAGUCACUUGAUAUUGAAGAGAAUCAGAUUGACAACAAUGACCACGACAAUAUUCACGACGAGUUGAACAAACACGAAUUGGAUAAGAUUUACCGCAAAUUGGACUUUCGUAUCAUCCCGGCAUUGUGGUGUCUCUAUUUCCUCACUUCGUUUGGUUCAAAUUGCUAUGGGUUGACAUUAACCAUGAAUUCAGAAGCUGGUCAUUCGUUGAUUCAGUCUUUGAACUUGACAUCCAAGCAUACAUCUACCGCUUCCGCUUUGUACUACGUUGGUUAUAUUAUCUUUGAUGUCCCCAUGAAUCUUGUCAUGACAAAAGUCAGUCCUCAAUCAUGGUUGGCGAGAAUUGUAAUUACUGUGGGGUUGGUUUAUACAUGUUACAGUGCUUUACACAACUCUGGCGGAGUGAUUGCCAUUAGGUUUAUUAGUGGUGUUGUUGGUGCUGGUACAUGGCCGGGGAUGAGUUACUACGUUUCUCUCUGGUACCCCAAUGACAGAGCAACUAGAAGAAUCGGGUACUAUUUCACAGCAGCUCAAAUGUCGGCUGCAGUGGCUGGGUUGGUCAGUGCUGGGUUCCAAAAGAUUGAUGGGAAUAGAGGGUACUACGGUUGGCAAUGGAUGUAUUUGACUUACGGCUCGAUUACCAUUGCCGUGGGGAUAUCUUUGCUUUGGUGGUUGCCUGAUAGACCAUUCCGCAUUACCAAGCAAUCUGAAAACAAAGUGAAGAAACUUUACAAUCGAUACUUUACCACGUCUCAUCCAUUAAAUGAUACCGAAAGGGAGUUGCAUAGAAGAGAUAUUGAAUACAGAUACAAGUUGCUCAAAUGGACAUGGGGAGACGUUGUUGCCAUUAUUACGGACUUGCGUAUUUGGCCAUUGAUUAUUAUGUAUUUUGGUGUUGUUGGAACUGGAUUUGGUUUGGCUGUGUUUGGCUCAACCAUUAUCAAAACCAAUAACCCAAACUUGUCUUCGAUUAAUGUGUCUUUGUUGUAUGCGCCAAUUUGGUUAUUUGACUUGGGUGGUAUUCUAACAAUUACUCCAUUUGCCGAUAGAUACAAGAAAUUCAGACCAGUAAUAUUUUGUGGUGCAUGUAUUAUUAUCAUCAUUGGUAUGGUUGUCACUACUUUUGCACAUGGGUCAUGGAACAAGUAUGCAGGUUUGUUGAUUGCUGGGUAUGGAUUGGGACCAACAGUGCCAAUUUGCAUGUCGUGGUCAGCAGAGAUUUUCUUUCCAAGAUAUGGAGAUGUUGGAACUGCAGUAAGUGCAGCAUUGGUGAGUGGUUUGGGAAACUUGGGUUCAGUCACUGCCACUUAUGCAUUGUACUCUGGUUGGCCCGAAGAUAGGAAGAGAUUGUAUCGUGACUCCAACAUGAUGUUGGUGUUGAUCACGGGAGUUAGUAUCAUUGCUUGUAUCGUCUGUUAUUUGAUCAAGGAUAAAGUCAGACAAGAUCUUCCUCACGAUAAAGAGGAGGAGAUCAUUGAAUACAACUGGAUGGAGGAAUAG